AUGCGAUACAAGGAUGCGACAACAAAAGGCCAAGGUGAUGUGCGGCCCGUCACCUUUGUCCAGGUUCCUGGCAUCUCAGCAAAACACCGACAGACAGCCGCCAACAAAUCCAUAUUGUCAACUGUCCGCUCUCACGCUAUGAAGGAUUAUGUUCGGAGACAAAUCCAUCUUAAUUCAGCUAAUAAUGGCGUUGUCCACGACCCCCCAAAUCGCCCCGUUGAGCAAUCGCGCCAGAUGGGAAGAUUCAGACUAGCCAGCGCAGCGCGGUCAUCAAAGCAACGUCGCGGCAAUAAUAAACGUAGCAUACCGCAAGAUUCGGUUUCCAGUAGGGCAAUAAACCUACCGGAUACUAGCCAACCGCUGUUGGUUGGUGCAAUUGAGACGCAGCAGCUCUUCGACGCCGUUCAACACCAGACGUUGCAGUCCUCUGGCUAUUUACACAGCAACCGGCUGGACCCUUUUGACGUAAACUCGCUCAAACUAGCACCACAAAGCGAGCAGCUUGUAUUUUACUACCACCAUGGAUAUAGGAUGAACAAGGUAGCCCUUCAGUUUGAGUGGAAUUGCUUUUCGCACGCCAAUGACAGCCCCGCAAUGCUUUAUGCUAUUCCGUACAUUAUAUCCAUCGAACUCGACUUGCGACGCGGAACAGCUGGCUCCAGAAGUAGUCUUUAUCAUGGGGCCGCAGCAUUCCGGUACAUUAAUGACGUACUCGCUUCGUCGGCUUUAGACGAUUAUGUGGUUGCUGCCAUUUCCAUUGUGGCCGCCGCCGAGAAUCUUAGCGGGAACUUUGCAGCAGCAGAGCUGCACAUGGCCGGGCUAGAACAUAUUGUUACCAGCCGAGGCGGUAUCGAGAAUGUCCCUAGUGUGUUUGGACGAGUUGCUACAUGGGCUGACUUUUGCGAUGCAAACCUUCGACGCUGUCAACCUCGAUUCUCCCAGCCGCGCAGUGCUGUGAGGCUGCCACCAAGAGCUGCAGCAGCUCACGGUUUCGAUACCCCAGAAGCGAUUCUUUCUGUGGCGCAUAUUGUAGCUGCGCUGCGGGACAUAUCCCAUGCAAUGAGUUCCAAUUUCUCUGUCGAUACAAAAGGAGUAUCUACUUCGCAAGCGAUUUACAACCUUGAAUAUGAGCUAUGCUUGCUCAGCGCAACCACAGCGCCUCCUAUCCGCGCCGGAGACGGACACAUGGGCAUUCAGUCACUGAGGCUUGCGCUUCACAUAUAUCUCUAUCUAACGAUAAGAGAGUUGCCGAGGUCGUCCUCACUAAUGGGCGAGCUGGCGGCACGUCUGCAGGCGGCUUUGGCACCCACUAUGGACCAGACAAGCACUUUGGAGGGAGAUUCGCGAAACUGGUAUCUCUGGAUGCUAUUCCUGGGAUACUGCACGUCGAAAGAAACCAUUGGGCCCCAGUGGUUUUUAGCGAGUGCUAUAGUAGUGUGUGAUGCACUUCACAUCACCAACCCAGAUGACGUGCGUUCGUCGCUAACAAAGGUGCUGUGGACAAGCGCCGGAGAGCCGUAUGCAGUUGAGUUUUCCACGGCAGUAUUCCUCAGUAAAGUGGAACGACUGAAUAUAAAAGAAGAAGUACCUUGA